CAUAUAUUGAAGAUCUUACUCCUAUCCUGCAGGCGUGCUAUCAUCGGAAGACUCAAGUAUUGAUCAGGUUGGUGGGAGGGGAUGGGAGUGAUAAACAUGUACGGGAUAUGCUGGGGAUGGUUGAAGAAAUUGCUGCGAAGGAAGGGCACUCGUUCAAGGUGGCGACAAUAUCUGCUGGAUUCAAUCGAUCGUUGCUUAAAGAACGCAUCGCCAGCUAGAUGGUUGCACCAUGUGGUCCUGUGGAAGAGCUGACGGCGGAAAGCGCCGAUCGGCCAUUGAUAUUGUCGCGCAGAUGGGAGCAGAACCGUAUCUGAAAGCACUGGGGUUGCAGUCGGAUAUCAUCCUCGGUGGACGUUCGUAUGAUCCUGCUCCUUAUGCUGCCAUUUCCAUGUAUCAUGGCGUGCAGCCUGCAGUGGCCUGGCAUAUGGGCAAGACUAUGGAAUGCGGUGGUAUUUGUGCCAUCCCCAAAGGUCGAUCGAUGGUUGCCCCGAUGCGCGAGGACUCGUUUGAUCUGACACCAUUGUCUCCAAAGGAGAGGUGCACACCGCUGUCUGUUGCUGCGCAUACUCUAUUGUCUUCCUGGGCUGGGGGCAAAGAUAGUCAAGCUGGAAGGCGUGGAAAAGCUGGGCUAUCACAUCAUCUUCAUCAGAGGCAUCCGCAAUCCCAUCCUGAUCAGCCAGAUCAACGCAUUCCUGCACAACAUGCAAGUGUAUACCCAGAAUCUCUUCCCAGAGCUGGAUUAGUUACCUCAGUGCCAGCUGCUCUUCCAUUUCUACGGUCGCAAUGGCACGAGUGGGAUGUUCUGCCUGAAGCCCACACUGUUGCUGAUUUUCCUAUCCUCCUCCAUAAGCUGAAUGAUGCACCCGCUGGUCUACCCUGGGGAAUGGACUUAACCAACCCAGACAAAUGCCUUUGUGGACUGCGUGUCCUAGAGCUAUCAUGCGUCAUUGCUGCGCCUCUUGUAGGCAAAAUGCUGGCAGCCCAUGGUACUGACAUCCUCUGGGUAACAAGCCCUAACCUCCCUGAUCUCCCCACGAUGGAUUGUGAUUUUGGCUGGGGCAAGCGGAAUAUCUAG